AUGGGUGAUAUACCUAAUGCAAAAUACGAAGAAGAUAUUGUGUUCAUGAUUUGUAUGACAGUUCAUUGGAAAGAUGAUCCUGAACUGUUAAAGCAAAUCUGUCUUAUUGACAUUGAAACUGCACCAGACUCACAGUUGAUUACGAUUAUAUGCGGAUCUCAAAAAGCUAAGAAGUUGGAAGUUCUUGAAUGGAUGUUUAAUCAUAUGUUAAUCAAGCCAUCUGCUGAAAAGAGUAGCCUAGCAUUUUACUUAAAUGAAUCUGGGCUUGAAAGUAAAUUGAAUAUGCCUAUUCACCAUAUGAACAAAUAUUAUGAAAAGGCAUUAAAUGAAACAAAUGCUACAACGGCUGAGCAGAUGCGUGAAAUAGCCAAAUAUUGUAUUAUUGAUGCUAUUAGCUAUCAGCGGUUAAUGGUAAAGCGUAAUGCAAUUAAUGAGCACAGAGAGGUAGCAUCUGUAGCCUUUAUAUCAUUAUAUGAUUCACAUUAUUUUGCAGUAGGAAUGAAAGUACGCAAUCUUUUAAGUGCCGAGCGUUCUGAAUCUUUAAAGGAAAUUGGUAAAAAGUUUCAUGAAAUUAAUUUCAAAUUCAAUAGUCGUGAUGAGUUGCGUAUUAGACGAAAUUCACUAAAAAGACAUUUUGCUCUAUUAAAUAAUAAAAAAGAAGAAUUAGAAAAGAAGAUUAAUUUGGUGGAAGAAAGAGGCAUAGUUAUUAUAGAUACUUUAAAAUCUGAAUACUCUUUAGUUGUCUUUAAUAUCACUUGUCUAGAUGCAAAACAGCUUGCUUUAAAAAUAUAUAUAAAUACAUUUUAUGGUGAAGCUGGGAAUAAUUCAUUAUAUCUUAUCUGUCCAGAAGAAUACUUUCAGAAAUGUGAUAAGGCAUAUGACAAUGGUAAUGGGAUCUCGAAAGAAGAAUAUUGGUCUAGAAUAGUGAACAUCUCUAUGGAAGUAAUAGAAAAACUUCAUGAUGAAGUUAAUGACUUUCUCAGAAAUGAUAAUGGAUCAUCUUAUCUCAAAAUGGCAUAUGAGAAAGUCUUAUUUCCGGUAGUAUUUACUGAAAAGAAAAAAUACUAUGAUAUCCCACAUAGAAGAGAGCCCAGCUUUAAUAAUAAGCUUUUCAUUCGAGGGGUUGAGAUUGUGGAUAAUUCGCAUACCUUACAUCAGAUUGUAGAGGACGUACUCAAAGAGAUCAUAAAUGAUAUUUUACAGAUAGACCUUAAUGGGAUGGUUAAAACUGCUGUGUGGAAGCCUAAUAAAAAUAACAAGAAUGUCCAGCAUUUCAUUUCACGAAUGUGGGAUAGACAUACAUGUGAAGAAGCAGAUGUCAAAUGUAUUAAUUUUUUACACACAUUUUUUACUAAUACCACAAAUAGUCUUCAUACUAUGCGUAGAAUUAAUCCUUCCAAUACUCCGAAUAAUACUGAUUCUCUGCAUAGUUUUGAUACUAUGCAUAGUUCACAUA